UGAUUUUUUUUUUUUUAAACAGGCAGCAUUUUGGGGUACAUAUGGUUCGUUGAUAAGGCCUAGAUGAAAAGCUAGUUGGGAACAUUGCCUCUCUUAAAGCUAGUCUUAACUGCCUUCCUCCUAAUGGAUAUUAUUAUGUGAACAGCAUGUUAAAACUUUUUGCAUAAGAGUUUUAUAUUGCCAUUGGAUAAAGUAUGAGAGGAGCUGCUGGGGCUUUCCAGUAGCAUCUAGACCACUGCUUCGAGCUGUUAGGAUACACUGAGAAGCCUCAGUCUGGACUACCUGGGGACAUCCUUUACUAUCAUUUAUGCAGGUGCUGGUUCCAUUAGACCAAAACUUAAAAUAUCAUCUAAAAUGGAAGUUCGCAAAGGGUUGAGUAAAAUGGUGUACAGUGUUGACUAUGUGUGCCCCUGCCCUUCCUCACUUUAAGAAUUUAAAUAGAAUGAUGAAGGCAGUUUUCUUUCCAGGCCAGAGGCAUUUCUUAUGAACAAUGUAGGGAAAUAGGUGAUCAACUCAACUUUGCUGCAGGGGACCUGAGUGAAUGGCUUGGUUCAAGGUCACACCUUUUGAGGCCACUAGGAUUGUGGGCUGAUAAUAUUUCUUCAAAAACAGUUCCAUGUCAGUGAUUAAAUGACACUGGUAAAUGAAACAAAUGAGGGGCAGGCGGGGCGGGGCGUUAGUUUGUUGCAGGACUUCUCAGUACUCUAAAUUUCAGUUUGCACCAAGGAUCUUAAGCUCACACUUAAAGAGCAUUGUGCAAACAUUCUAUUUCUUCAAUUCUGAAAUGUGUAUUUUCACGUUUUUAAAUUUGAAUGUGUUCAUUUAAUCUAGGUUCUGUUUUCCUCUCAAAGUUGUCAUUAAGUUAAUGGUUUAACAGUAAUGUCUUAGAAUCAGGAAUGUUCCAUGGUUAACCAUGCUGAACAAGGGAAUUUGAAAUAUUUCUAUUGGAGAAACUUCAGGACCUUGGAAGCAGACUCAGCCUAAGUAAGACUCUUACUUAGGGCUUUUAAACAUUUCCAUCUCUCUCUGCUUCUCAGGAUUCAGCUCUGCCCCUCAACUCUUCAUGUAAUGGCUGGGAUCCCAAGGAUCUUGUUUUCCUAAGAUUGUUGGAAUGCCUGUGAUCAUACGAACUCUUCCCCUGGCCUCAUCACCAUCACAUAUCCUGGAGUUGUUCCAACAAAGGAAUCUUGGUUUAGAUAAUCUGAGUAUCAAGUUCUCUCCCUGAGGAAUUCUCCAAUUUUGGUGGAGUAUGGACUCCAUUUAGGGUAUCUCUUUUGGGGGGUCAUGAUAAUCUGAUGUGUCUCUAUGUACAUAGGUAUAAUUUUUCCAUUUCUGGAAACAUAUCCUGCUACCUCUAUUCAGAAUCAUCAAGCCUGUAUCAGAAAGUGUUUCCCAGCUUAGGAGUGUUUGAGUUCCCUUGGACUCUGCUUUGUUGUAGAAAUAUGUAGGCUUCAGCUCAGGCAGUGUCAAAACAAGCUAGGCCCAGAGACCUUCCAGGAAGGCAAAACUCCUUUUCCUCACCCACCGAGUUGGAGUCCUCUUAUUGAAUAUGAGACUUUUACUUCUGUUAUCUUUCCUGUUAUAUAAUGUUCACAUGACUCACAUUCAGAGUCAUUUAUGUUGGCACGCUUUUGUUCCUGGCACCUUCCACUGUCUGUUCCCCAGUCCUGCUGCAGCUGUUUCUUAGCCCAGGCUCCCCAGACAGAAUGGUCCCUGUGGCAGCAACAUUUGAGGACAUGACCAAAGGUUGGAAGUAUUUGGAAGCUUCUCAGAAGGACUGCUGGACAGAGGAGAACAUGGUCCCUCAUGGAUCCUUCUUGCAGUUCUCCAUGAUGCCACAGAGAGCUAGAAGUGACCCCACCAUUGUUUCAAAUACAAGUGAAAUGGAAAUGAAGAUAAGUAACAUGAGAGAAAAGUUUCUUCUAAGCGAAACAAAGUUAGUAGAAAGCAAAAGUUACAACAGCAAUGUAUUUUCCAAAGAAAAGUACUUUCAAACAAUAAAGGAAGUCAAAGAAGCUAAGGAGAAGGGGAAGAAGUCAUCACAUGAUUAUCGCCAUGCAGCAAAAUACGACAUGAUCUCUGUACAAGGCACAGAGAAACUAAUAGAGGCUACUUACGGAGAACGAGAUCAAACACGGUAUUAUGUACAUAGGUUUGAUAUUCUUCAUGAUACACAUCUCAAUAUUGGACAUGGUGGGCGGACACACAUGCUCAAGGAGCUGCAAGGAAAAUAUGAGAAUAUGACCAAAGAAGUCAUUGUCUUAUAUCUGACUCUGUGUAAACAGUGCCAUCAGAGGAACCCUAUAUCCUCCAAGAGAGGCCUUGUGCCCAAGCCCAUGCCUUUCAAGGACAUUGACUCCAGAUGCCAAGUUGAAACACUUGGCAUGCAGUCAAAUGCCAAUGGCAAGUUCAAGUUUAUUUUAUAUUACCAGGACCACUUAACCAAGUUUAUUUUCUCGUGACCAUUAAAAGCCAAACAAGCCCAUGAGGUCAUCAGUGUACUAUUGGAUAUUUUCACAAUUCUUGGUACACCCAACGUGUUAGAAUCUGACAGUGGUGUAGAGUUCAGAAACCAGGUUGUUAAUGAACUCAAUGAAGUAUGGCCAGACCUAAAGAUUGUCUCUGGUAAGUACCACCCUGGCCAAGGCCAAGGCUCCCUGGAGCGAGCACACCAUGAUAUCAAGAACAUGCUAAGUGCCUGGAUGCAAAGUAACCACUCAUGUCACUGGGCCGAAGGCCUGUGCUUCAUGCAGAUGAUGAGGAAUCAGGCCUUCAACAUUUCCUUGCAGCAAAGUCCUUAUGAGGCAAAGUUUGGUUCUAAAGCCAAACUUGGGCUGUAUUCCUCACACUUACCCCGGGAAACCGUGGCCAUUUUACAAACAGAGGAAGAGCUAGAAAUUGCUGAAGAACAGCUGGAAAACAGCUUUUGGAUCAGACUGGAAGAAAGGGCUGAGAUUGGAACAGAGAGAUCUGACAUGGAUGAAGACAUCGACCCCAUCUAUCCCACUCCUUCUGAAGUUACAGAGCCCAGCACCUCACAAGGGUCCCCAGGUCUCUUCUGCCGGUGAACAGACACCGGCUAGGUGGACACUCAUGGUGUCUCUGGGCAUCAUACAGCUGUCUAUGAACUGUUGCCUAAGGCCUCAGGGGAAAGAAUGAAGGCUGUACUCUCAGGUCAAGUUGUCCAAAGUAGUCCUUGCUCAAAGGGGAAAAGUGAAUCAUGUCUGCGAUAUAGGACCGUGGUAACAUAAACUUGGCAGCUUAAAACAACAUAAGUUUAUUUGCUCACAGUUUUGCUCACAGAAGCCUAAAAUCAAGGUUGUCAGCAGGGUUAGUUCCUUCUGGAGGCUCUGAGGGAGAACCCAUUCCAUGCCUUUCUCCCUUCUCUCAUGGCUGCCAGCAAUUCUUGGCAUUCCUCGGCCUGUAGUAGCAUAAGUCCAGUCUCUGCCUUGUCUUCAUGUGGAUCUUCACCUGGCCUUCGGCCCUCCAUCUCUGUAUUCUCCUUGUCUGUCUUAUAAGGAUACCAAAUCUAAGUCAUUGGAUUUAGGGCCCACCCUAAUCGAGGAUGAUCUCAUCUUGAGAUCCUUACAUAAUUACAUCUGCAAAGACCCUUUUCCCAAGUAAGGUCACAUUCAUAGGUUUUGAGGUUUCAGACUUGAGCAUAUCUUUUUGGAAGGAUAUAGUUCUACCCACUACGGUCAGUGGGAGAAUAUGUUUGCCUGCAGAACAUAAUCUGAUGGGGUCUUAAACGUGUAGAGCUGGUGGGCUGCCCUGCAUAUGCCCUACAUAUUCCUUCCCCUGCUUAUUCGUGCUCCUCAGACACAUACCCCAAAAGAUGGGGGCAUCAGGGACAAAGAUGUAAGUUGACAAAUAUUGAGAAGAGGUUUAUUCACCAUUUCCUGGAGACUUGCCACCUCAUCAGCCGAGCUCUAUUUCCUCCUUCAAGAGAAAAUAUAUGCUAUUCCCGCCCUCAAGAAUUGUGUGAACUGCCUGAAACAUUUUAAAAGUAGGUCAGAAUUAAGGCGCGGUUAGGAUUUGGGUCUUAGUCUACCCAUUGUCUAUGCCUCAAACAGAAAAGCACGUUGUAUUCCUGGAACGGAUCAGUGCAUUCCAGGAAGUGAUCGAUAGCCAAGAAAACAACCAAGGACUCUGGAGCAAAAUGGGAAAGUUGGCCUGAGGUCACUACUACAACCAGAGAAGAAUAGAGCAAAGGCCAGCCUGGGUAAUGAUUCAGAGUAAGGAUAACUAACCCAGCCAAAGGGAAGGAUAAUGCCUAGGAUCCGGGUGCUGCUAGAUUCCCAAGGCCUAGGAGAAUGACUUUCCCAUUGGAGGUGUUCAGUAGGACUUGUUGAGUGAAUAAAUGAUUCUGCAGAGAUGGAAACGAGGAAAAGGGAUCUGCAGUCUUUUAUUCUCCCAUAUAUCCUUCCUGCAUACCUCAGAGCCAUCUAAAAACCAUUCUAAUUGCCCUUUAGUGUUGCCUUUCUCUUCUGUUUCCUCUUCCCUGUGCCUAAUUCACUGGGUUGUUGUGAGAGACAGUGAGGCAAUGUGCGUGAAGGGAUUCUCUCUAUAAACACUGAUGUUCGACCA